CGGCGCGCAGGCGCGGUGGCGGCCUCUCCGGCGGCGGCGGUGGCGGCGGCGAUCGGAGGGCUGGCUGGAGGGGCGGCCGUGACCAUGGCGCUGUCGCUGGGUGAAGGCGGCGGGAGCCGGCUGCGUCGGCAGCUGGAGUCGGGGGGCUUCGCGGCGGGGGAGUACGUGAAGCAGCUGUCGCAGCAGUCGGACGGGGACCGGGACCUGCAAGAGCACCGGCAGCGCAUCCAGGCGCUGAGCGAGGAGACGGCCCAGAGCCUGAAGCGCAAUGUCUAUCAGAACUACCGGCAGUUCAUCGAGACGGCGCGGGAGAUCAGCUACCUGGAGAGCGAGAUGUACCAGCUCAGCCACAUCCUGACCGAGCAGAAGGGCAUCAUGGAGGCCGUCACCCAGGCCCUGCUCCUCCAGGCCGACCGCGAUGACCCCGCCCUGGGCGCCCGUCGUGCUGCCGCCGACCCCUUCCUGCCGCUCUCGGCCAAGGAGGCCACGGCCAGCGAGGAAGGGCGGCAGCGCACCCUCACUACCCUCCUGGAGAAGGUGGAGGGCUGCCGUGACCUCCUGCCUGAGAGCCCUGGCAAGUACCUCGUCUACAACGGGGACCUGGUGGAGUAUGAUGCUGACCACAUGGCGCAGAUCCAGCGGGUGCACGCCUUCCUCAUGAAUGACUGCCUGCUGGUGGCCACCGCCCUGCCCAACCGCCGCGGCGCCUACCGCUAUGAUGCCCUCUAUCCCCUCGAUGGGCUGGCUGUGGUCAACGUCAAGGACAACCCACCCAUGAAGGACAUGUUCAAGCUGCUCAUGUUCCCUGAGAGCCGCAUCUUCCAGGCCGAGAACGCCAAGAUCAAGAAGGAGUGGCUGGAGGUGCUGGAGGAGACCAAGCGCAACCGGGCCCUCAGUGAGAAGCGACGCCUGGAGCAGGAGGCCCUGCCACGGCCUGCCCCGACACCCCCUGAAUCCACCAACCCCUUUGAGGAGGAUGAGGAUGAGGAAGAGGAAGAGCCCUCUGCUGAGGAGGAGGUGGUCGACCUCUCACUUGAGUGGAUCCAGGAACUGCCUGAGGACCUGGACGUCUGCAUUGCUCAGCGUGACUUCGAGGGGGCGGUGGACCUCUUGGAUAAACUCAACGAGUAUCUAGGGGACAAGCCUGUGAGCCAGCCUGUGAAGGAGCUGCGGGCCAAGGUGGAUGAGCGGGUCCGGCAGCUUACGGACGUGCUGGUGUUUGAGCUGUCUCCAGACCGCUCGCUGCGGGGAGGGCCGCGGGCCACCCGCCGAGCCGUAUCCCAGCUCAUUCGCUUGGGCCAGUCCACCAAGGCAUGUGAGCUGUUCCUGAAGAACCGUGCAGCUGCAGUGCAGACAGCCAUUCGACAGCUACGCAUUGAGGGUGCCACACUGCUUUACAUCCACAAGCUCUGCCAUGUCUUCUUCACCAGCCUUCUAGAGACGGCGAGAGAGUUUGAGACCGACUUUGCUGGUAACAAUGGCUGCUACUCGGCCUUUGUUGUCUGGGCCCGCUCUUCCAUGAGAAUGUUUGUAGAUGCCUUCAGUAAGCAAGUAUUUGACAGUAAAGAGAGCUUGUCGACUGCAGCAGAGUGCGUCAAGGUGGCUAAAGAGCACUGCAAGCAGCUUAGCGAGAUUGGACUGGAUCUCACCUUCAUCAUUCAUGCCCUUCUGGUGAAGGAUAUCAAAGGUGCUUUACAGAGCUACAAGGAUAUCAUCAUUGAGGCCACCAAGCACCGCAACUCUGAGGAAAUGUGGAGAAGGAUGAACCUAAUGACUCCAGAGGCACUGGGGAAACUCAGGGAGGAGAUGAGAAGCUGCGGGGUGAGCAAUUUUGACCAAUACACAGGUGAUGACUGCUGGGUCAACCUUAGCUAUACUGUAGUGGCUUUCACUAAGCAGACUAUGGCCUUCUUGGAGGAAGCGUUAAAGCUUUACUUUCCAGAGCUGCAUAUGGUUCUUUUAGAGAGUCUUGUGGAAAUCAUCCUGGUGGCUGUCCAGCAUGUUGAUUACAGUUUACGAUGUGAACAGGACCCUGAGAAGAAAGCCUUCAUUAGGCAGAAUGCAUCCUUCCUGUAUGAAACUGUCCUUCCUGUUGUGGAAAAAAGAUUUGAGGAAGGAGUUGGAAAGCCAGCCAAGCAGCUACAGGAUCUGAGAAAUGCUUCAAGAUUGAUGCGUGUAAAUCCGGAAAGUACCACCUCUGUGGUGUGAAGUAACCUAACUGUUCUUAUGAACGGGGUGUGAAAGCACUUACUGAAAAUGUUGUACAUUGAAUUUAUGAACUAAAUGGUGUGGGUUUUUUUGAGUCCCUGAAAAAUGCAGAAGUCUUACUGCUGUACUCCAGAAGCUGAAGACUUACAAUCAAAGCCUGCAAGGAUGCAAUGCUUUUCUUGGUGGAUGGGGGGGUGGGGGAGCGAGAAGCAAGGUCGAGGUCACAUGUCCUCGGACAGCAUAUCCUGUAGGAAUGGCUUGUGUAGUGUUUGUGACUUGGGAAGUACUAUAGUAUACAAUUUUUGGCCAAAGGUUUGUGAAAGUCUUAAAUAUACGUACACCGUAUGGCAGGAAAAGAUCACUUUUCAUCGUGUCACUGUAGGAAUUCUUUUUCAAGGCAGUGUUCUGGUAGGAGGGGAAGUACCCAGGGUGUGGUAUUGGGUGAGGCACGUCCACCAUGCAGUUGUGACUCAGCACUGAAGAUAAACAACAUGGAUUUGCACAGUCAGAUUUGUUUGGUAGCAAAGCAGACUCUUCAGUUCUCCAACAUUCAAAUUCUCUUCAUUCAUUUCAGAGACAGAUCUAAAUUAAAAAUGUUCUCUGUGUGUGUAAAGGGGCUGCUUCUAUUUAAUAAGCUGGCCUGUUGGCUUAAAUUACAGCUCUCUGACAGCAGAAGGUUUGUUUUCAGAAACAUUUGUUCCCUUCGGAGAAGAAUCAAAAAUAACUUUCUUCCCUUCCCCUUUGUGUUUUUAACUGGAAUAAUUGAGUAUCCUACUCUUGCACUUUCAAAUGGAAGCUUUUGCAGUUUGCAUCAUGGCAAUGAAUGCCUUGUGACUGCCUGAACAAACAAAAGAUAUUGCUAGUAAAACAUUCUGCAUAACUGCUUGUGCUGGAGCUUCUUCAUUUCUCCCUAUUUUUGCAGUUUUCACUUUAGUGGUGAGUUUUAGUUCUCGUGCUCUUUGGAUGCCUUUUGAAUGGUUAGAUUUUGCAAAGCAUCCUACUGUCUCUGCUCACUUCCUUUCCAGUGUUUGGGCCUUUUGCUAGCAAAUCACAGGAAAAAAACCUGAUACAAAAUGGUUUUAAAGGGUAACUCAUUGCUCUUAGCUAAAACUGAUUGAAAACCACUGAAAUAGCUAUAGUUUUAUUUUAAGGGACGGGGACAGUGAGAAUAAGAAAUUGUGUGAACAUGUUAUGUCCAAGAGAGAGCCACAGAGGCGUUCUUUCACUAGUGAACUAUUUUCGAUACCAGAACCUGGUGGAGUAUGUCAGAGUAAUGUAUUCUGUGUCAUCUGUUUAAAGUGGGCAAGGGUAGCAACCUGGCCCUACUUAAUCUGAGAAAUACUUUCAAGUGGAUUAUAAGUGAGCACUCUCCAUGAUGACAGGCAGAGGGGAGAGGGAGGAGUGAGGGAGAAGGGAGGGCUUUUUUUCACUGAAGACAGGUAUAUUUUGUUGUUUUCUUUACAGCAGAAGAAAGCAGAAUAAAUAUGCUUAUGGCUCUGGCAUAAGAUUGAAUAGAGAGGAAAGCCCUAUUCAUGCUUCCGUUGCAAGCUGGUAUAGCACAUCUUAUCCUCAUCAGAGGAUGAAAUGUAGAAUGUAAUUCUGCCACGUGCUCUGUUACGUCUCUGUCACUACUCCCUUGAUCAACCUAUUUAUGGCCUGCAGGGCCGUCAUCCAUGGAGCAGUGGGCUUACAUGGAUGUUGGUUUUAAUGGACCAGGGAAUCUGGCCUUUCCUUUGGGUGGUCAAAUAUCAUGUUGGUGUGCCUGUCACAAUUUCAAACACAUGUGGAUUUGUGUAAACUGCUGUAGGUAGCAUUAAUAUUUUGUAACUUGUGAAUCUAUUCAAGUCAUAAUAAAAAACCCCCAAUAACUUAAGGAAAACAAUGUGCAAUUAAAUUAAACACGCUUUGUAUGUUAAUUCAGUUAACAGAAAAAGUCAACAUAUGCUGAGAGUCAUGGUUUAAUAAAUUUCAUAUUUGCAGACGGUAAUUUGGAAUGGCACUUUUCUUUUCCUGAGCUGUACACUUGUGGGGAUAGUGUUGUUCAAGCUGGGAUUUGUAGUAACUACUGAAUAAUAUGAUGGCAGUUUUGAUUUGGGGAAGAACUAGUCGUAUUCUUCUGUUUUGAGACAUUUUCGUAUAAAAUCUGGUUUCCUUUGGCUGCUGUGACAAAAUUGUGAUGUGUAAAAUGUAGAUUUUUUUUUUUUUUAAUUCAGAUGAAUUUAUGUAUUAGAAUUUAAUGCAAUAACUUUUCUGAACAGUGAGGACCACGUAUUAAAACUUUUGGAC